UAGUCGGUAAAAGGAGCUUCCCUCUGCUGACUCCUGUGGCGGCAAACUCUUAAGGUUUACUGGCUCUUCCGGUUGCUCUGUUAAAAUUCAAUUUUCUCUCGCUUUCCUUUCCUCCCUGGCUUUCCAUAUUUUCUCUCGCUUUGAUUCUCUGUUUUCGGUUUGUUUCUGAUUCUUGUGGAAGAGUCGCCGUUCGGUUCCGUUCCUUAAAGGCGAUUGUAACGAUGAAGGGUCCCAAGGGCAAGGGGACUGCUAGGAACACAAGGGAAACUUUGAAGCCUGUGGAUGACAGAAAGAUUGGGAAGCGAAAGGCGGUAGCCAAGGCUGACAAGAGUAGCAAACAUCAGCCCAAGAAGCAGAGAGAUGCCAAGAAAGACCCUAAUAAACCUAAACGGCCUCCUAGUGCUUUCUUUGUGUUCCUUGAGGAGUUCAGAAAGGACUUCAAGAAAGAACACCCUGAUAUUAAAGCUGUGUCAGCUGUUGGGAAAGCUGGAGGGGAGCAGUGGAAAUCCUUGUCUGGUGCUGAAAAAGCUCCAUAUGAAGCCAAGGCUGCAAAAAAGAAGUCCGAGUAUGAAAAGGUUAUGAAGGCCUACAACAAGAAGCAGGAUAGUGCAAUAGAUGAUGGUGAAGAGGAGUCAGACAGGUCAAAAUCUGAAGUGCAUGAUGACGAUGUCGUAGCAAGUGCAGAGGAGGACGAGGGGGAGGAAGAGGAAGAGGAGGAUGACGAGGACGAGGACUAAAAUUGGAUGCUUUGUGACUCGAGUGUAAUGGUUGAUUAAUUUAGUGGGAAAGGAUUGUGGAGUGUGUUUAAACUGCUAGGUCACUUGUGGUGCUCCUUGAAACAGGGCACACUCUUUUGUGUGCUGCUGCCACUUUCCUUUUUAGUCUUACUUGUAUGCUCUGCAGGAGCUUUCCUGUUUUAGUUGAUAAUAAUUUUGGUUCUUUUGGCA